AUGAACACCAUCACUUUCGGCGAUGGUAAUUCCGGAUUUCAAGCGGGGACGAUCCACGGACUGGUCAGCACGGAAUUCCACUACUACCCCGCCUCAGAGCAACCAGAAACGCCGCCGAAUCCAUCGAUCCUAAUUCCGUUUGGUCGCGACGGAGACUUUGUGAAACGAGAAGAGCUAAUCGACCAGAUCGAACACAGCUGUGGCCGGCCAGGAUCGCGGACUGCGCUCGUCGGUCUUGGCGGUGUCGGCAAAUCGCAACUCGCCAUCGAAUACGCGUAUUGUAUCCGAGAGCGAUCUUCCGAUACAUGGGCCUUUUGGAUCCACGCGAGCAAUAGCGCUCGGUUCGAGCAGAGUUUCCGAGACAUUGCGACGCGUGUCAAGCUUCCUGGGCGGCAGAACCCGAAAGCCAACAUAUUUCAGCUCGUGCACGACUGGCUUCAAGACGAGAAAAAAGGACCUUGGGUUAUUGUUCUCGAUAAUGUAGAUGAUCCGAGUUUCUUGAAGUUGCCUGGCCCUAAUAUCGAAGCGGCGGCGAAAACGAUAGAGACUUCAAAUCAGAGACCGCUGAUAUCGUACAUCCCUUACUGUCAGCAUGGGUCCGUCCUUGUCACGUCCCGAAGCAGAGGUGCUGCACUGGAGCUGGUUGAGCACGCCAAUAUCAUUGCGAUCGAGCCGAUGAAUGAGAAAGAUGCCUUGCAGCUUUUCCAGAAUAAGCUCGGUCAGAGCGAUAAUGAAGCGUGCACCAUCGAGCUCGCUGCAGCGCUUGAGUAUAUGCCACUGGCCAUUAUUCAAGCAGCGGCCUACGUUUUGCAGAUGCGUCCACGAUACUCUUUGCAGAAAUAUCUGGAUGAGUUUCGCAAAAGUGACAGAAGAAAAGCCGAUCUGCUCGGCCGUAAAGGCGGAGGACUCCGUCGAGACGCCGAAGCCAAGAACUCCAUCCUUAUCACGUGGCAAAUAUCAUUUGACUACAUUCGCGAAACCAGACCAUCGGCGGCAGACUUACUCUCGCUCAUGAGCUUCUGCGAUCGACAAGGCAUUCCCGAAUUUCUACUGCGCCGCCGAAACGACUGUACACGCGGCGAUGGUGAGCAGAGCCAUCGUGGCGGGACCAACGAUAUGGGCGAUGGAGAUGAACACAAUAACGAUGCUGAUGAUAAUGAGAGCAUUGACAGCUCCAGCGACAGCGACAGUGACUCGACGGCACAACAAUCCAAUUAUAGCAACAAUGACAGGUUUGAAAACGAUAUUUUAACAUUGCGGAAUUUCUCUUUUAUCACUGCCAAUGAAGACAGGACCACUUUUGAAAUGCACAGAUUGGUGCAGCUGGCUACACUUGAGUGGCUCAGAGCUCAUGACGUAUACGAGAAGGGGAAGCACCAGUUUCUUGUAAGGCUCUGCGCAGAAAUUCCAGUGGGGGAAUACGAGAACUGGACCAAAUGCCAGACGCUUUUCCCACAUGCACAAUCGGUGUCUGCACAACGCCCGGCCUCGAAGGAGUCAACAAAAGAGUGGGCUACAAUCCUAUACAAGGCGGCAUGGUAUGCCUUCAGAAAAGGGAAAGGAAUAGAAGCAGAGGACUUAUCGGUUCGAGCCAUGAAAGCAAGGAAGAAGAUAUUCGACAAGGAGCAUGAAGAUGUGGUUUGGUCAAAAGCAAUGGUAGCAUCAGCGUAUGGCCUAAGGGGCCGUUGGAGUGACGCGGAGGAGCUAGAGGUGCAAGUGAUGGAGACUCGCAAGAAGAAGCUGGGGGAGGAUCAUCCCGAUACGCUAACUAGCAUGGGCAACUUGGCGUCUACACUUUGGAACCAAGGCCGGUGGGAGGCGGCAGAGAAGCUGUUGGUGCAAGUAAUAGAGACUCGCAAGAAGAAGCUGGGGGAGAAUCAUCCCGACACGCUAACUAGCAUGGCCAACUUGGCGGUAACAUUUUGGAACCAAGGCCGGUGGGAGGCGGCAGAGAAGCUGUUGGUGCAAGUAAUAGAGACUCGCAAGAAGAAGCUGGGGGAGAAUCAUCCCGACACGCUAACUAGCAUGGCCAACUUGGCGGUAACAUUUUGGAACCAAGGCCGGUGGGAGGCGGCAGAGAAGCUGUUGGUGCAAGUAAUAGAGACUCGCAAGAAGAAGCUAGGGGAGGAUCAUCCCGACACGCUAAAUAGCAUGGCUAGCUUGGCGUCAACAUACAGGAACCAAGGCCGGUGGGAGGCGGCGGAGAAGCUGUUGGUGCAAGUAAUAGAGACUCGCAAGAAGAAGCUAGGGAAGGAUCAUCCCGACACGCUGAAUAGCAUGAAUAACUUGGCACUGACAUAUUGGGAUUUAGGGCGCCUUGAAGAAGCUAAAACUUUAAUGAGGCAUUGCGUCCCGUUGCUACAAGCUAAACUAGGUGCCAACCAUCCAAACUACUCGUCCGCCGCUGAGACUCCAGCUGGGUGGGAAACUUGA